CUGUUCCCAAAGACUCUUUGGCUUUCAUUCAACAAGGAAGUGAUUUAUUUUAAACAAACAAGGAAAUUGAAUGGUGCAUCAGCAUACCAGCUGAAAAGCCUCUGGCAGCCAUAAACCAUCACGUUUCUUAAAACACUGUCUCAGAGCACGGGUCCUGUUUGGUAAACCCACAUCCGCAGUACUUAAAAGAACACCUGACCUGUUAUCCGCCAGCAGCACUAAAUCUACUACAUCAGAUCAACAAAAAUUAUUUAUGUAACAAGCAAUCAAACCAACAUUAGGCAUUCUGAGUUGAGAUGCAUUUAAGAAAGCCCUACAUGGUAAUAAUUAAUAGAAAAAAAGAUAAGAAUGUGCAUCUGUCAUGUAAACAAUACAAAACAAUUGCCUACAUCAUGUGAACAAUCUGCACAUAUAGGCUAUUUAAAAAAAAAAAAAAAGAAAAAAAAGUUGCUUAAUUCACACCAUAUACAGAUGCUUAUAUCAUUUCUUUUGAUUUGGGUGGGCCUAUAAUCCCAUAUCCCCCCUCUCUCACAUUCCCUAAUGGGUUUGUUGUGAGUUUAGUGGAGAAACAAUGCCUGCCUUAUGCUAGGCUGUAAACCCAGCUGAUGUCAGUGUUAGAGAGAGAGAGAGAGAGAGAGAGAGAGAGAGAGAGGUCAUGUAAGGUAGUGUGUUGUCUAUGGGCUUCUCAUUGGGCUGAUUUCUUCAUGUGGACAUGCUGUGCUGCUGAAGAUUUAGCUCGCCAUCCUGUGUGUCUGUGUUGAUCUGGAGAAAUGGAGCAUGAAAGAGGACAGUAUUAAGAUGCCUGCAGCUCAAGUUUAGCUUUAAAAAAAAAAGCUUUCAGACAUUGCACUUCCUCAUAGUCUACUACUUUUUUUCCUUAUUGAAUUGCACUAAAGUGACGUUAUAUGAUAUUCUGCUUUGUUGGCUCCUUUAAGCGCAUUUUUUAAGGACCUGUGAACCUCGACCUGACCUGCUCUAGUCGGACUCUUCUCUUCAGACACUAAAACAAAUACCAUGUCAACAGGUAGUUACACUCCAGCCCCAGGGGGGCCUUUUUCGGCCCUCACACCCAGCAUGUGGCCCCAGGACAUCCUGGCGAAGUACUGUCAGAAAGACCCCAGUAUGGAAGCAGAGCUGCAGUACGAUGAAUUUGGGUUCCGGAUUGACAGUGAAGAUGGGGUUGAGACACGAAAAUGGCUGCGUGGUGAGGGAGCCCCUGAAAGAGAAGAUCCUCAGCAAAGACUUCGCUGGCAAGCCCAUCUGGAGUUCACCCACAAUAACACUGUAGGAGACCUGACGUGGGACAAGAUCUCCCCCACACUGGCCCGCUCAGACCGCCUCCGUUCCCUCGUGCUGGGGGGCAUACCGCACAGCAUGAGACCACAGUUGUGGAUGCGUUUGUCGGGGGCCCUGCAGAAAAAGAGAACGUCAGAAAUUUCCUACAGGGAAAUCGUCAAAAACAGCUCUAAUGAUGACACUACAGCAGCCAAGCAGGUUCUCUCUCUGUCUGUGCUGCAGAUAGAAAAGGAUCUUUUGCGGACCAUGCCCACUAAUGCAUGCUUCAGCACUUUGUCAAGCGUGGGGGUGCCCAAGCUCAGGCGGGUCCUGAAAGGGCUUGCAUGGCUGUAUCCCGACAUCGGCUACUGUCAGGGCACUGGCAUGGUGGUGUCCUGCCUGCUGUUGUUUCUGGAGGAGGAAGAUGCUCUGUGGAUGAUGUGUGCUCUGAUAGAGGACAUGCUGCCUCCCUCAUACUUCUCCUCCACUUUGUUGGGAGUUCAAACUGACCAGCGUGUGCUCAGACAGCUCAUAGUGCAGUAUCUGCCUCGUCUGGACCAGCUGCUACAGGAGCAUGACAUUGAACUGUCUUUAAUCACGCUGCACUGGUUCCUCACUGCCUUUGCCAGUGUGGUGGACAUACGCAUCCUGCUGCGAAUCUGGGACCUGCUCUUCUACGAGGGUUCAGUGGUGCUCUUCCAGGUUACACUGGGCAUGCUGAAGAUCAAGGAGGAAGAGCUGGUAUCGUCUGAGAACUCGGCAUCCAUCUUCAACACGCUGUCAGAUCUGCCCAGUCAACUAGAGGACGGAGCCGCAGUGCUGGGAGAGGCUGUGCGUCUGGCAGGAUCUCUGUCUCAGGAUAACCUAGAUGCACACAGACACAAGCAUUUGGCCUACAUCCUGGCAGAGCAGGCCCAGCUCAACUCCAACAACUCCCAUUCUCUCCACACCAACCUCAACAAAGUGGUCCGCAGACAGAGCCUGCACAGGAAAUCCACCCUGAGUUCGCUGCUUUGGGGCGAGGACGAGGUGGAGGCAAUGAAGGCCAAAAAUAUUAAACAAACAGAGCUGGUGGCAGCGCUGAGAGAAGCCAUCAGUCGCACCGCAGAGCACUUUCACUGCCUGGACCCUCGCAACUGCAGCACCGAUUUGACUCCAGACUAUUCUAUGGAGAGUCAUCAAAGGGAUCACGAGAACUUCCUGGUUGUGUCUCGGAAUCGUCGGAGACGAGCCAAAGCGUUACUGGACUUUGAACGGCACGAUGAUGAUGAACUGGGCUUUCGGAAGAAUGACAUCAUCACAAUUAUCUCACAGAAAGAUGAGCACUGCUGGGUGGGAGAACUGAACGGCCUGAGAGGCUGGUUUCCUGCAAAAUUUGUGGAAGUCUUAGAUGAACGAAGUAAAGAGUACUCUCUGGCUGGAGAUGACACAGUAACUGAGGCAGUCAAUGACUUGGUCAGAGGCACAUUGUGUCCUGCUCUCAAGGCCAUCUUUCAGCACGGCCUGAAGAAGCCCUCCAUACUUGGGGGACCCUGUCACCCAUGGCUUUUCAUUGAGGAGGCAGCCAGCAGAGAAGUGGAGAGAGAUUUCAACUCUGUCUACUCCAGACUGGUGCUGUGCAAGACCUACAGGUUAGAUGAAGAUGGGAAGGUGCUCACACCUGAAGAGCUACUGUACAGGGCAGUGCAGUCUGUCAACAUGAGCCACGAUGCUGCUCACGUUCAGAUGGAUGUCAAGUUCCGCUCGCUUAUCUGCGUGGGCUUAAAUGAGCAGGUGCUGCACCUUUGGCUGGAGGUGUUGUGUUCCAGUAUGAGUGCCGUGGAGAAAUGGUACCAUCCCUGGUCUUUCCUGCGCAGUCCUGGCUGGGUUCAGAUAAAGUGUGAACUCAGAGUUCUCUCAAAGUUUGCCUUCAGUCUCUCCCAAGACUGUGAGCUGCCUACCAAAAAAGAGGAGAAGGAGCAGAGGCCUCUGAAGGAGGGAGUUCAGGACAUGUUGGUGAAACAUCACCUCUUCAGCUGGGACAUCGACGGCUAAAACAUCACACACAUCCUGUGAGCUGCACACACAGGCCAAAUCACUCUCCAUCUGCAGAAAAACAGGGAUCACAUGUGAAAUUAAAGUUCAUUUCAUGUACAGCUUUAUGUCACAUGGCUGAAAUGGUGAGUGUUAGUGUGUUUUGGCACAAUAGUUUCACUUUUUGUGACUCUUGUAAGAGUCUGUCUGUACAAAGGAGGAGUCCAUUGCCAAGAGUUCGCACAGAAUCAAACUACAGAAAGGGCCAAUGUGGUCUGCCUGCAAGCACUUCCCCUCCUCCGAAGCAAAAUAAAUAUUGCACCAUUUGGGGCACAAUUACAGUGGUCAUGACUCAAAUGAAUGGUAGCUUCUGAAGAGUUGUUUUGAAGAGCUAAAUCAGUAUCAAUGAUCACGUUUCAUGUUUGUGUAUUGGGAAUUAAACCACAUUUAGUCAAACACAUAUGCUUCGCAAUGUCAAAUGAUCUUUAGUGGAUUUUUAAAUCAAGAUGGUUUCCAAAAUAACUGGUUUCCACCCCACAUCUGUAACAUCAAAUUACAUCUACAGCAAAGUAAUGACAGCAGGUGAUUGAGAGACUCAUUUACUGUAGUCAGAUCUCUCUCUCUCUCUCAUGUGUAGUUCAGACUGCAGCAUUUGAUUGAAUCGACCUCUAUUGGGCCAUGAAGGACAUCACUGAUUCAUUGUUGGUGUGGCAAUGAAUCGACCUGGUUACAUAUGUUGGUAUUUCUUAUAAACCAUGUAAAGUAUACAGUAAAGAAGAGAAACUGGUAUUUAGCUUUUUGAAAUGUAAAAUUGAUUGUCCAGCACUGCAUUACAGUCUACAUCAAGUCAUAAUGGACUACUUUAAGAGCCUACAGCGGCACAAUUACAUGUUACGUGAGUUAAAGGAAAAGGGGCUCCACUUUGUAGUUCUUAUAAUUGGUAAAAAUGGUUGUUUUCAACCAAAAACUAGUCUGUAAUGGUUAAGCAUGACCAACUCGCAGGGCUUUAGAUCAUAUCCACGAUCACUGAUGUGUACGUAAAUAAAAAUCUAUAUCUGUAA